GGGGGGUGUGACAGUGUGGCGAUCUGUCACCCUGGAUUCUCAACAAGGCAGGUUGAGGGGCUCCAGGGUAAAUGUUUGAUAUGGAGGAAAGUGGCUUUUCACCUUCCUCCUUUGUUUGUAAGGUCUGUUUUGGGAUCUGGAGCCUGGAGAUUUCAAAGAGAUCUGGGAGGGAUGAAAUCUCCAAUCCUGGGACCAGGUUUUGGGAAUGGCCAUUACACUGAUUGCACAGGUGUGCACGGCUCCACCCCGGCAGUUAGGAGUCAGGAGGGCUCCACCCUGGCAGACGGGAGGUGUGCACGGCUCCACCCCGGCAGUUAGGAGUCAGGAGGGCUCCACCCCGGCAGACGGGAGGUCUCUGCCUUGGAGUCAGGUGGAAGCCAGACUAGCUGUGUGCUAGUG